ACACCACACAACUACGCCCACUCCGAGUCUCAGCACGUCGCCGACUCAAAGGCGUAUCAUACAGGCAGGGAUUACGAAACAUUAGAGCCGAUCUUCUGGUCUCCAAUUCAUUUAGCCAGCCCAAUCUGUUGACGCCUCCUCGCCUCGGCUGAACUCUACUCGCGGGAUAAGGACAAUGCCUUCGCAACUCGCAAAGUACAUUCCUGCGGGAUCCAUAUCGAUCCUCCAGGGUGAAAGCAAUCUUCCGCUUGAGUGCUGGCAUUUGGAAGAGUUCCGAAGCUGGAGAUUGCUCUCACUGCCCGAAGACUCGACGUCUGGCCUUGAUAUCAAACAUCAGUUCCUUCGCCCCGACUUGCGAGACCUAUUGCUCGACACCCCCUCAACCCGUCCCUAUGCACGCCUGUUUCGUGAGUCCUGGAUCAAACUUGAGUUUAGAGUCCAUCAUGUGGAUUCCAACCGAGGUACCAUGAGGGUAUACCUGCUCCCGGAUGAUGUCGACCGCAGUAUCGUGAACCGCUCGGAUCCUGGCCUUCUGAAAUUAAGACAAGUGAUUCUCAGCUGCCUUGAUUACUCUGGUGAAGCUUGGGAUGGGGAUCUCAAGUGUCCACGUAUGAGCAGCCCGCCCCUUGUUGACAAUCUAAGUCAGGACGACGACACGGAAAUGUCACUGCUACAGCUCUUCAACAAAAUCCCGUCACCCAAACCAGACCCUGAAACCGUGUCGGAGCCACAUUCACAGACUGUCAUGUACUCCCUCUUGGACAGCAAGGUCCCGGGACUCCGGACAAAGUUAUAUGGGUACCAAAGACGGUCUGCCGCCUUGAUGUUCCAGAAGGAGGCUUGGCCGGGGAAUGUACUGGACCCUCGAUUGCUUCAUGUCCGUGACCAGCAAGGCUCAGAUUGGUACGUGGACCUGGUUGUGGGUACGGUUCUCAAAGGGCCACGAUUUUACGAUGGAGUCUCUGGCGGCAUCCUCGCAGAAGAAAUGGGAUCUGGAAAGACUAUUAUCUGCCUAUCCCUAAUUCUAGCCACGAGAGACCUCCCCACACAACCGCCAGAACACUAUCGCGAGGGAGAAGUACCUAUACGGAGGCGCGUUGCAUCUCUUGCUGAUAUGGCUGCAUCGUGUGCGACAAGGAACGCCGUCCCGUGGAAACCCUACUUCGAACUUUACAAAGAGCAGCUUGGCGAAGAAUUCAGCCAUUGCAUCGAAGCUUUGGAACGGAACUCGGGCUACUACUUUCUUCCUGCACCCCCACCUUCUCGCUCUGCGCGACGUCAGGACGGCCCUGCUCCGUUACGGAAGAAGAUGUACCUGAGCUCAGGUAGUAUUGUGGUGGUGCCGAACAAUCUGUUGGCUCAAUGGAAACAAGAGAUUCGCAAACACACGGAAGGCCUUGAAGUCCUGGUUGUGACUAAAGAUGAUCGUGUUCCACCUCGUCAAGCCCUUUUGAAAUACGACUUGAUUCUCUUCUCCCAAACACGCUUCGAAAAACUGGUCAAGCACGAUGGCGGCAUCGACCAGUCUCCAUUGUCACAGGUACACUUCAAACGCUGCAUUGUGGAUGAAGGCCAUAAACUAGGCAACUCUAAGAUAAGCAACAGGAGCAACCUGCUCAUCGCCCUGGAUUGUUUGAAAUUUUCAUCUCGCUGGAUCGUGACGGGAACACCAUCGCACGGCUUGUUUGGAGUUGACACUCACGUCACGGAAACAUCUUCUCAAGAAAAUCUAGAGUCACCAGCUAAACCCAACACCAGUGAUCCUAGCGAAUCAAUGAUUGAGAUGGAAAGAAAAGACUUGCAGAGGAUUGGGUCUAUCGCUGCUCUCUAUCUGAAGGUACGCCCAUGGGCCAACACAAGCGUGGACGCUGAUUCAACGGCAAACUGGUCCUUGUACCUACUGUUACCCAAACACAAUCCAAAAAGCCGUGGCCGCUGGGACAGUCUCAGAUACACGAUCAACUCGCUCAUAGUUCGGCACCAGAUCCAUGAAGUGAGGGAUCUUCUGCCGCCUGUGGAUGAGAAGGUGGUUGUUUUGGACGGAUCAUACCAAGAUCAGCUCUCACUGAAUAUUUUCUCGAUGAUGAUCAUCUUCAACACCGUCCAAUCACAACGGACAGACAGGGACUACUUCUUCCAUCCAAAACAAAAGCAAAGUUUGCUGCAGAUCGUGCACAACCUGAAGCAGGCAAGUUUCUUUGGUGGCUCAUUCUUUACGUCUGACGAGAUUUCAAAGGCUGUCAAGACCGCUGAGGACUUCUUGCGUGAAAAGAAAAUCCCAAUCAGUGCUGAAGAUCAGCUGCUCCUCGAGCAAGCUAUUGAGAUCGGCCAUGUGGCAAUGGCCAAUAGGCUCAGGAAUCUCAGCAACGAGUUCCAUGAGAUGCCAGUCUCUGUCCACAGCUUCCCAGAUAUUUUUGCUCAAUCGUGGUCUUUGGACGGCGAGUCAGAGAGUGUCAUGUGCAGUUCGGCAAGCAUGCUGUUGGCUCUUCAGAAGCUUAUCCACAAAUCAGCCAAACAUCCCGAGGAACUCAACUCCCUCUUGAAUGGCAAGCUAAUACAGGAGGGAAUUACCGAAAGGGAACGGAUACUGGUGUCACAAUCCACUGAUAAGCCAUCUUCGUCAGGGCACAGAACAUCACAAACACUCGCUGGCAAUACAAAGCUUGGGGGCGAGAGCCAAAAGAGGAUACGCUCCCACGGGGUGAAUGGUGUCAAGCCAACCGAAGGAAUGCCUGCUGACAUAUUCCUUGGGCCGCUCGAAUCGACCACAAUCAACUCAACUGCAUCUUCAAAGCUUUCAUACUUGAUUGAUAGUAUUGUCAAAUACCAAGACGAGGAAAAAAUCAUCGUCUUCUACGAGAAUGAGAACGCUGCAUGGUAUCUUGCGUCUAUGCUUGAUGUUCUCCAAAUCCAGUAUCUCAUCUACGCCAAGGGUCUAACCCCCGAACGGAGAGCACAAUAUGUGAACACGUUCCAUCAAAACAAAGACUUCAGGUACCCUUUGAAUCGGUUCGGUCCUGGUGGCUUGAGCUGAUAUUUCCUUCUAGGGUUCUUCUCAUGGACAUAUCUCAG